AUGGGUCUCGGUUCGGCGCUCUCCCAAAUUUUCGCGUGGUCUCCCGUAGUGUUUUACGAGCGCGUGUUUGCGACGACGGAGGAGUUCACUCGCAUGCUCGGAUGGCGCUACGUCCUGAACGUCUAUCGCGUCGUGUGUGCGAUCACAUCCGUCGCCGGCUUCGUGAAACCAAAGUACUCGCUCCAUAGAAUGGUCUCCGUCGUCCAGCUCAUCGCCGUCGCGCUCACGCUAGUGUCCCUGAGGCACGCACUGUACGUGUACUCGGUCGCCCUCCAGACAUUCGCGCUCGGGGUGGCGACGUUCUCGAACAACUUGCAGAUCGCGCCGCAAUGCCUUUUUUGCGUUCUCACGAACGCAUUAGCGCACAUGGCGUGGACGACGAUGAAGUUCAAGUGGCCGAUGAAUGCGAUGACGCAGUACGAAUGGCAGAUGCGAGGACUUUAUACGGGUUGCUUCAUCGGUGCCGUGGAGUUGUGGCAACGCGCGAAGUUGUGGUAUGCCGAGCUCAUGUCGCAGCAGGACACGGCAGAGCGCGAGAAUGCACGGUUGGUGGCAGAAAAGAAGGAUGAAUAA